AUGUCUGAAGUAAGAGAGAGGUGGGAUGUUUGCUUUUAUGUACUAGUGUCUUUUGCAACUGCAAGCUAUAUUUUGUGUUCAGUGUCCUUUUUGACAAUGACCGCAAUAAGCGUGGACAGACUUCUCGCUUUGUCGCUGAGACUCAGAUACAGACAAGUUGUAACUUUUAAAAGAACUUGUAUAACUUUAAUUGGCUUGUGGAUCUGUUCCAUCGUCGUCGCAUCAUCAUGGUUUUUGAAUCCUGUUAUAACCGCAUGGUAUCAAUACACAGGUACAGCUCUGUGUCUUUCCAUCACAUUUUUCGCGUACGCAAGAAUUUUCUUCAUCCUUCGCCAUAACCGAAUUCAUGUUAAAACCCCCACUUUCCAAAGGCAACCAAACCAAGCAAUUCCAGUGAACAUAGCUCGAUACAGAAAGGCGGUGUACAGUGCACUGUGGGUGCAGGUAACAUUGGUUGUUUGUUAUCUUCCAGCGGCUAUAGUGCUAGCUUUAACGCCCCAUAGAGGAUUCCCUAUAUCCAUGUACCUCACUAGGCAAUUUACAAUCACCGUGGUUUUCUUAAACUCGUCAUUAAACCCCUUGCUGUACUGUUGGAAGAUCAGAGAAGUAAGGCAAGCUGUGAAAGAAACAUUGAGAGGGCUUCGCUGUUCUUCGAAUUAGUUAACCAUUUUUUUAAUGGUGAUAUCCUGGGCUCAUUGUAUUUAACUUUACUUGCGUCUGCUGUGUCUCCAUCUGUAUUUAUAUAAACACAAAAUUGUAGGAUUCAGAUAUAAGCCUUAGGGUUGAAAUUGGGUAAAAAAGUCAACUAAAUGUUGGAAUUAUAUGUUUAUUCAAAACUUUCGCAAGAAUUAAAGAUGAAGAGGAUCGCAUGCAAUUAUCUUAAAGAGUACUAAAUUUUUUCUCUCUUCCCUAUGUCACGGAAAGACGGAAGGUAUAUAGAGGUUUGCAUAAUAGGGUAUACAAAAGAGUGUUCGUAGCUUGGAUUAAUGAAAACACCUUUCGUUUUGCCGUUCCCUUCCAUUCCUAUGAAGCUUAAAAAAAUUGAGGCGCUGAUCACUUCUUUUUAAUUCCUCCAAAAAUAGCGGCGGAUGGUCUAACGUUUUAAGCUUACAAUAUAACACAAAUUAUAGCUUCGGCAUGACAACCUUGCUAAGUACAUCUUUAAUUGCUUCAUAUGAUUUUUUUGGCGUUCACUAUCACCUGACCUUUUAUUGGGCCAAGUGAAACCACUUUCAGUUUUUUUUUUCUUUCGUUGAUGCUUGAGCUCCCUAAUAUAUCCGACACAACUUACAGUGCACAGCAAACUCCGCGUUCUAUCAUUCUCUCCGACCGGUGAGGGUGCUUACCAUUUACAUUUUCCGGCGGAAAAUUUCCGGUAAUGGAACACCUGAAAAGGUAGUCCUGUUUUUCCAGACGGAAUGUUUCACGGAAAUUCUUGUUCCAUUUCUUCAAAGCCACCUUUGAUAUCAGUUUAAUGCUUUCGCGGCCGUUUUUCGGUGAAUGGAACUAAUUUGUGCAAAUAGUAAACGCGAUUCCGGGACGAAAUUUACCAAAUCGCCUAUCUGAAUUUUGCUUACCACUUUUCCAAACCGUGAACGGACCGGUUUGCCCAUGAAAAUGCAUAUGGAAAACAACCUAAGUUUUCUUGUUCAACGGCCGCUUAACAAAAGCCGUUACACUACUGAAAAACAUAACAUAGAAAGCAUAGAAACAAUAGCACCGCGAAUUUAAGGCGCCUAAGAAUAGAAGUAGCUAUAACAAAAAAUGCAGGGUUUUUAUGGGCUGAAAAUACUGACUUUGAAAAACAAACAGCGGGGUGAUUAUAUAUAAAUGCCUCACUGCUAGCUGUAGUAUACAGGGCUACCAGGUUUAUUCUGAGUGACAAACAAGAAUACUCGAGGAGGAACGUCGCACUUUAUCCUUAGUCGAUUAAGGAAGGUAUUUUGCUCGUGUCAGUUUUGCAAUGUCAAGACUAAUAGCGGGUAUUAUCAUUAAUUUUUUAUAGCGUAGCUUAUAAUAGCCUAUAUAAUCAAGUCUGCUUCAGGCUACUGAGCACGCUGAUAACACCUCAACAGACUAAUAACUCGAGUGCUUCACAAUGUAAUCUAAAUUUGCUAACAGAUAGAACAGUUUGUGGGGGCAAUGAGGCGAGUGUUGUCAGCUGCGCGUGUGCGACAUUCUUUGCAAACUCAGUCUUACAGUUCAAAGGUCUUCAAAAAACAUUUUUCGCUGGAGUACGAAUUAGUAGUUUUCGGCCUCAAAAAGAACCGUAAAACUUUACAAGAGGGGGGGGGGGUGGAUGCCACCCCCCCCCCCAAAAAAAAGGUUUUGCUGAGUUUUUUCUUAGAGGAUAAAACAUCAGCACCUGACAUUUUCAGUAGCUAUUCGUUCAUCCCUCGCGCAAAUUUUGAGACAAGUUUAGUGAUGGUCAGGUGCUAUGGUUACGAGAUAUGACGUCAAAAGUACAGCUGGUUACGCCAAUUUUGGGUGAAAGUACAUGUUUUUUCAACUUUUUUCAAAAAUAAAAUCAUGCCAUCACAAAAAUUACUAUUUCCGGCGGUUUUAACCUGAUUUCUAAUUCUUGGUAAAAUCCAAGAUGGCAGCCAAGAUGGAGACCAUUGUUGGUGACGUCACAGGCCUCCAGCAGCGCCACCACCCAUGAAAUAUACCUGCAGUCUUGUUAAGAAGAUCAAAGGCUUCCCACUAAAGGUAAAAUUGUUCCAAAUACUGCAACAUAUCAAAAACACGGGAGAGGGAUUCCAUCCAUCCCCCCCCUCUUGUGCCACGGUGGUUGUAUGAAUUUGCGUGUUCGUCCGAGGAUUAAGAUAAAACCUUUGAAAACUAGGGUAAAAUAAAAUAGUCACGUAGACAUUGACACGUACUGUUUUAAGCGAGCUCUUUAUAGUAAUUAUAUUUAAGUUGAAAACCACGUUGAUAAUGUUAUAAAACAAUUGGUUCAUCCCUUCAGCUGUGCUUAUAUCAAGACAUGAAGAAGCACUUGGAAUUUUGAAGAGCACUUAAGAGGCUAGAGCUGCUCUCCAUAGCGCCUUGAGCAAUUCUCAUGUCUCUUUCCUGCUCUCAAACUCGCCGCGUGCCGUUAUAGUACUCGACAAUUACGCACGCUGACGCAUGAACUAAUUGUUAAAGAAACGCGCUUGAGGGAUUCUGAUUUUAGCAGUGGCAAAGUAAAUUAUUCAUACACUCCAAGCAAUCAAAUCGUUUUUACUAGCGUAGUCUAUAAAAAGCAUCGAUAUAUGUUCACUUAAUAUACAGCUCAGUUGCUCGUAGUUGCAUUACAGCGAAGAUAAGGGAUGGCGGAGCUCACAAAUUUUACUGUAGACAACAGCCAGAAAACCAUCAGUGAACUGCGUUGCAAGGCAGAAUUUACAGAAAAAGCACACAGCGAGCUUAUCUUUCUUUCAGUGCUAAAUACUUUUCUGUCCAUCACUGCAUUUCUGGAGAACACUCUGAUCCUAGUUGCCCUACAUAAGGACACUUCACUUCAUCCGCCGUCCAAACUCCUUUUUCGCAACCUUGCGAUAACUGAUCUCUUCGUUGGUAUCUCUGCAGAGCCUUUGCACGUUGUGUAUUGGAUGUCUGAAGUAAAAGAAAGGUGGAAUGUUUGCUUUUAUGCACAAGUAUCUGGUUUAAGUGCAAGCUAUAUUUUGUGUUCAGUGUCCUUUUUGACAAUGACGGCAAUAAGCGUGGACAGACUUCUCGCUUUGUCGCUGAGACUCAGAUACAGACAAGUUGUAACUUUUAAAAGAACUUGUAUAACUUUAAUUGGCUUGUGGAUCUAUUCCAUCGUCGUCGCAUCAUCAGAGUUUUUGGAUCCUGUUAUAACCGCAUGGUAUCAAUACACAGGUACAGCUCUCUGCCUUUUCAUCACAUUUUUCGCUUACACAAAAAUUUUCUUCAUCCUUCGCCAUAACCGAAUUCAUGUUCAAGCCCCCACUUUCCAAAGGCAACCAAGCCAAGCAAUUCCAAUGAACAUAGCUCGAUACAGAAAGGCGGUGUACAGUGCACUGUAG